AUGAAGGGGUACAAGUACCUUUUCCACGGCGAGGAGGCCAUCCAGGGGCAGCUGAGCCACCAACCCCGUUCUUCACAGGACGAGAUACUCAUGACGACGACGACGACGAGCUCGGUGCUGAGGAGGACGACGAGCUCGAUACUGACGGCGACGAUGAGCUUCGCCUCCGCCAAGGAGGUCGUCACCAUCGAUCAAGUUUACCGGUGGAUCGAUGAACAGGGAUACAGCGACGUCGAGAAAGACAUGGCCAAAGACAUGUGCCUGGCCUUCUCGCUGUUCAAGCUGCUGAAGCGGCGGUUCUACGGGUACAUCCCCGCGGAAACCGGCUCGCUCAAGUCGCUGGACCUCGUCCUGACCGGCCUCAUCCACCACGCCGUCACCGGCCCCGACACCGCCUUCCGGGUCGUCGAGGCGGAGCUGGCCUUCCUCUACGACUUCUUCUACACCAGGAACAUCGUUCUGACGGGAGCGAGGACCCACAUGUUUACUGCUGUCCUUGUGCUAGGCCUGAGCAUGUGGGCGACGUUCUUCGGCACGCUCGGCCACGGCUACAGUCGUAUGGUCAUCGGCGUAAGAAACCUCGACCACGCCGUCACGGUGGUGAUCAUCGUCAUCAUCGCGGCCCUGGAGCUGUGUCAGGCGGUGACUCGUUUGUACGACAACUGGAAGUACAUCGAGGCCGUGUACCGUUGCGUACGGGACAAUCGGCCCUGGUCGAAACGUCCGCGGCGCCAACUCUGGUGGAAGGAGAGCAUUACGCCGCCGGAGAUAAUGUACUGGGACCGGGAGCAGAUGGCCGGCGUGCUCCUUCAAUGGUACGACCACCGGCCGUGGAACGUGCUGUCGUGGCUAACACUUGAGAUCGUGAAACCACUGAGGCAGUGCCAGAAGAAAGGCCGGAGACAGGCCCUGCCUCGGCAGGUCAGGCAAGCCGUGCUCGACUCGCUCAAGGCCGGUGGCGGCAAGCUCACUAAUGGUGUCGCCACCGUGCAGAGGCACGGCCUGUCACAGCAGCUGACAUGGGCUUGCAGGUUACCCAAGGUCACCGACCAGAUCCUGGUGUGGCACGUCGUCACCACUCGCUUCGACUGGAUUAGCGGUGGUGAUGGUACUGACGACGUUGUCGAGAACCACAGGUUCGUGGCGAGGAAGCUGUCCAACUACUGCGCCUACCUGGUGGCCUUCGUGCCGGAGAUGCUGCCGGACCCGAGCUACAACGCCGAGCAGAUCUUCGACACGGCGGUGCGGCAGGCUCGGGUCCACCUCGACGGCUGUCGGACCAAGGCCGAUAUCCUCGACCGGCUAGAUAAGAUACAGAGCAAGGAGGAGAAUUACCUGGAGGGCGGCAGCCUGUACGAGAGAGCCGGCAGCAGCAGUAUCAUAGAGAAGGCGGCGGUGCUCGGCGGGCAGCUCAGGGCGUCCGUGCCCGACGAAGGGCGGCGAUGGAAGGUGCUGGCGGAGUUCUGGGCCGAGUUCAUAUUGUUCCUCGCGCCGUCGGACAACGUGGCACUAGUAGAAAAAGAGGCUUCCCGUGAAACAAACAUGAUAUGA